UAAGAAAAAGAGAGAUACGUCUCGAAGCCUGAGUAACCCCAGAGAAACGGAGAUGAAGGGCCUGGGAAGAUUGAUUGGGCGACGCCUUCUCUGCAAACGAUUGGAGCCUUGGAGAAAGCCUCUCAUGCCUCGUCGCCUCAUUUUCUCCUCUUUCACAACGACCUCCUAUUUGGAAAACCCCACCUCUUCUUCCCGUUUCACUUCCUUCAAAUCUUCAUCGCUUCCUAAAUGGAGCCAUUUCGGAGGGCAGAGGAGGACUAUGUUCAUCCAAACUCAAUCCACACCUAAUCCUGCAUCUCUCAUGUUCUAUCCUGGAAAGCCAGUUAUGGAGGUAGGGAGUGCAGACUUUCCGAAUUCUCGUUCAGCUAUGAGUUCUCCACUAGCAAAAAGUCUUUAUGGAAUUGAUGGAAUUACUCGAGUUUUCUUCGGAUCAGAUUUUAUAACUGUAACAAAGUCAGAUGAUGCUUCUUGGGAUUUUAUAAAACCUGAAAUUUUUGCUGCAAUCAUGGACUUCUAUUCAUCUGGGAAGCCACUGUUCCUUGACUCCAAUACUGCAGCAGCAAUGGACACAGCUAUUCAUGAAGAUGAUUCUGAAACUGUAGCAAUGAUCAAAGAACUGUUGGAGACUCGUAUUCGACCAGCAGUUCAAGAUGAUGGUGGGGACAUCGAGUAUCGGGGAUUUGAUCCGGAGACAGGAAUAGUUAAACUAAAAAUGCAAGGAGCAUGUAGUGGCUGCCCUAGCUCAUCUGUUACACUGAAAUCUGGCAUUGAAAAUAUGCUGAUGCACUAUGUACCUGAGGUCAAAGGUGUAGAGCAAGAAUUAGAUGCUGAAGAUGAAGAAGUUGCACUAUCUGGCCAGAUGGAUUAAUUGAAUUCACUCCUCAAUAAUUUGGAAACAUAAUCUUAUAAAUCAUGAGCUCAGGGAGAAUGCAUUCACGGUUCCUGUAUAGAAGCAAAUAAAGUGAGUGGCCUUAGUUUCAUCUAGUGCUGUGCUAUAGUAGGAUUGUGGAGCUGUAUAACCACCUCUUUACUCACAAGAAAGGUAGUUUGUGCAUUCUGCUGUAUCUUUAUCUUUGUCACUUUCUGCUACUCGCCAGCAAAAAGAAAUUAUAUAUAUAUAUAUACACACAUAAAGAUAAAAUUUUGGACUUUCAGCAGAUGGUUGUUUCUGCAAUUUUUCCAUGACUUUGUUGAGAGACAAUGAGCUUGAUCUUGUUUGUGACGAAAGAAGCUGGAAUCUGUAUGUAUGUUUUGCUGAAGUUGACUAGUGCUCUUUUUGAUUUGUGUUUGCUGAUAGCAUUGUUUUGAAGCAAACUCAAUUCCUUAUGCCAAA